AUGGCACCGGUCCUAUACCAAUGCACGGUUUGUUUAAAUCAUUAUAAAAUAAAACUGGACGGUAAACUAUAUCGACAUGGAGGCAAAGUGAAGGGCCAGGAAUGCCCUGGUUCGUUCAAGGCAGCCGACCAGCCUCCGGCUGGUUCAUCUGCUUCCGCACGACCGCCUCUUACCGCUGCACCUGUCAUCAACCCUCAUGUUGCUACACGCGGUUCUUCGGCGUCGGUCUCGGAGAGUCCCUCCCAAGUAGAUUUUUUUCAUGUUUUUGACAGGCUGACGGUCGUUUUGAGGACUGCCCAUCUGUAUGAUCACGUUCCCAAACCGUGCAGAGACAAGGUAUCUAAAGCAUUGUCGGCUUUAUUGACGGCCGUUUGCGAUGAUCCCUGCGACGCGGCCCAUUUGUGCAGGCUCCAAUGUUUUUUCGCAUUUGUUUUGUUCAAGCCCACCAGGGGCGGUCGCAGGACUAAUCAAGCCAAUUACGUUAUUAAACGGUUGGCCGAAUUCAGUUCGACCGAGGUCGAGAUUAUUGUGGCAAGCUUCAACACUGACCACAACACCAAACCGCGUUUGAUGGGAAAACGAAAAAAUGAAUAA